AUGAUUGGAGGAGAAAAGUCAUGGAUGGUCUCAUUUCCAUCGUAUCGCAUUCUCCCAGAGGAGAAGAAUAUUGGAUACGGGCUCAGCACCCAAGGCAGUUCCGCUCAAGACCGCGACGGGACAAAUCCUAAUUUCACGAAACAUAUAGUUGAGUCAAAACGACAUGAAGCACGGUGCAUCGACAUACGCGCUCGAAACGGCACGGUGGAGGCAGCAGUUGGAAUCGAGGUGGGACCAUCGCAAACUGCAGCGAUGGGUGAUGCUAGGAAUGAUUCCAGUACGCUCCUAACCGCUACGCUUCACCGCACCGCCUCGAGAGAAGCCGCGUAA